CUCGUGCCCGCCGGUGGUUAGUACAGCGCGCGAAAAGCACCGAACUCGAUUACACAUUCACGAACCGUCGUCGGCGUCUAAGUGUGCGGUAUUUUUAUUGUUGGUGUUUUUUCCACCCCGGCCGCUUGCUACUGCAGUAUUUUGCGGUCCGUCGUCAGAUAAUUUCUUGUCGGAACAGUUCAAUUUUUUUCAAAACCGUGUUCCUCGAUAAACGGGCACACACGAAUAUACGUAUAUAGAAUGGGGUGCGGUGGUUCGACAAUGCCGAUGCCGGCCAUGCCGACCGAGGAAUUCAGCAAAAUGAGAUUGGAAAUACCAUCACCUAUUGCGUUUAGCGUUCCGUUGACCGAAGAAGAAAAGAGUGUCGUAAAAAAACAUCCACCGAAGAGACUGAGAAUGAUGGAGGGACAACAAUCGCCGCCGCUAACCCACGAGAUGCUGUUGGAGAAACUGGCGGACGCCGAAAAUAGACGACAACAGAUCCUAAGCCAGAGGAUAGAAUCGGCCAAGACGCUGAUGCGGCCGAGAUACAACAGCGCGAACAAGAUGAACGCCGACGACGCGUUGGUAGAGAAGACAGACGACGUGGGCGACGAAGAUUCUUAAAAAAAAAUAUAAUAAUUAUACCUAUUUAAUAUUAUUUAUAUACCAUAAAAUAUGUCCAUAAUAAUUAUUAUACUGUUCUAUCGUGUAUUUAGACAAGAACGAUACUGUCGUAAUGUUUACGUUUUUAUUAUACACGUCGUAUAUAAUUAUAAUUAUUAUAAUAUUAUGAUAUUUUAUUAUAAUUUAUAGCCGUUUACCUAUUUAAUUUUUACCCGCGCUUUUAAUGGUUGCGUUUUGUAUAUUAUUAUUAUUAUAAAGUGUUCAAAUAAAAUUACAGCGAACAAUAAAAUAUGCUUCCUUUUAGCUUUUCUGUUAGGUAUUACAGCGUCAAGUAUAUUAUACAUUAUAUAAUAGUAAAAUACCUAAGUAUACGAUUAAUAAUGCCCGUUGUUUUCCAGACAAUCCAGAUUCCAGACUCAUAGUUCAUACAUGUACGGAUGUACCUUUACGUAAUACAUAAUAUUAUACUUUAGAUGUUUUUUAGGUUUGGAUUGUUCAAUAACAUAUUUUUCAGACGAUAUUUUACGUGAAAAAAACGCUUAAAUGGGAUCCCUCAAAAUUGUAUCUAAUAUUUAAAUUCACGAAUAAAAAAACAUUGAUUUUAUAUUUAUUAGUUUUAAAUUUUAUUUGACUAAUUUUUUCAAGUAUAUUAUAUUAUUACUAUCGUAUAAUGUUCACCGCAGUGCCUCUGAACACGUCUCAGGCGGGGUAACAAUAUAUAGAUUUUUAUGAAAAACUACAUAUAUAGUAAAGUGCCUCCAGAGGGUUUAUCUCUGCGCGUCAUUUAACUUUUUCUACCGCAGUCUCACCAUGUCUGCCAAAUCAACUGCAGUUGUGAUUUGUAUUGAUAUACCUAGGUGCAUUAGUUAAUUAUUAUCAUAAUCGAUUUAUUAUUAUCAUUAUUGUUGUUGUUAUAAUAUAUUAUGUUUGAAGGUUUCAUCGAUUGUAUUGUAAUAAUAUUCGUUUUAAUAUUUCAAUAAUAUAUGAUAUAUGCCUGUAUACCUAUUAUGCUUAAGUUUAUA